CAGUAAGUCAGUGAGCUAGAAACACACACUAACAUACUUCACCAUUUAACCAGCACAGAAAAGAGAAAUGUCAGGACCCAGGCCUGUAGUUCUGAGUGGCCCAUCAGGAGCCGGAAAAAGCACCCUGUUGAAGAGACUCAUGAAAGAAUAUGAAGGGGUUUUUGGAUUCAGUGUCUCGCACACCACCAGAAAUCCUCGUCCAGGAGAGGAAGAUGGGAGAGAUUACCACUUUGUCACGAGAGAGAAGAUGCAAGAUGGAAUUGACAAUGAUGAAUUCAUUGAGAAUGCUGAGUUUUCUGGGAACAUGUAUGGAACCAGCAAAACAUCCAUAGAAGAUGUUCAGGCACAAAACCUCAUCUGUAUCUUGGAUGUUGACAUACAAGGAGUGAAAAACAUUAAAAAGACUGAUUUGAACCCCAUUUAUAUCUCCAUCCAGCCACCUUCAAUAGAGAUCCUGGAAAAGCGUCUGAGAGACAGACAAACCGAGACGGAGGACAGUCUACAGAAGCGUCUGGAAGCAGCGAGGAUUGACAUGGAGCUCAGUAAGGAACCGGGAGUUUUUGAUUUGGUGAUCAUUAAUGAUGACCUGGAAGAAGCCUAUGAGAAACUCAAAAGUGUUCUUAUUGAGGAAAUUGAGAAGGUGCAAGAUGCCAAGAAAUAGGAAAGGAAAAACUGCACUUUUGACCAUUCUGCCCGACAACACAGGACAUGAAGCCUUUUUUUCCAGCCUUGUACGGUGCAAUCAUGGUGUUGGUUCUCAUGUCAGAAUAUAAAAACUCUAUUCACUUAAACGGCUGAUCAAGACGGGUGCUAUAUUCAAAGGAGCGUUCUAUAGAGCUUUUCUCUGUGGAUGAGAGAAAAUCUAUGCAUGUAUGUUAAAAUCAUCUCACUUCAAUUGAAGACUCUUCUCUUAGUCUCUCGAGCAUGUUUGCAACUUGAAUACCGAAGGGAGAAAACUGUAAUAGAUACGAGUUCAGUUGAUAUUGAUAGUUUGUUUAUCAUCAGCAUAUUAGUUAUAGUAGAGAAAUGAUUUUUUUUAAUAUGUAUGAUAUUUGUAGAGAGCUAAGCUAUUACAGCAGGCUUGACUCUCAGUAAGUCUUUUACAGGUUUGAAUGUAUUCAACUGAAUGGUUAGUUUGAGUGGCACCUUCAUGUUUCUAAAAUUGUAAUGAAAAUAAAAUAAUAUCACGUUGGGUUAGCUGAAAUAAAAUAAAAUGAG